UAAUCGCUCCCACGCAUUUAUCAUCACCAAAAAUUCUUUGCCGUCAGAACCGCAAAAUAUAACAUCCCCGCGAUUUAUUACGCCGCCUGGACCGAGGGCUAGGGUUUUUGUCCGUGAACCGCUUCUUUCCAUUUGGGUUUAGGGACAUUCUCUUCCGACUCGGACAAUCGCUCAGGUAGUAUUGCCUUUCCUCUUCCCCCGUAGCAGCUUUCUGUUCACCACUGAGAUGGGCACGGAACAUAUUGAGGCGGCCAUCAAUUACACGGCUGAAAAGAAGGAGGAUCUGCGGAAGGCUUUCGCCGACCUCCAAUCCUUUUCCUCUUCCCUCGUUUCGUUCACACUGCAGUGGAAGGACAUCGAAGACCACUUCUCCUCCAUCGAGAAGUCGAUUGAGGAGCGGUUCCGUGAACUCAAGAAAUUGGAUAGCUCUUCAGCGGUGAAGAAUGCAGUUGCCAUUCUAGCGGAUUCUAGGGUUGAGGUGAACCAGGAUAAUACGGUGGUUGUGCCUCGUUUGGAGCUUAAGACCCUCUGCCUCCUAAUGGACGGCAAGGGUCUUAGAUCGUUCAUCAUUAAUAACAGGAAGGACAUUACGGCGAUCCGCAGGGAGCUUGGUCCAGCCCUUCUAUCUGCGCCUGAUCCUGCCAAGCUUGUCCUCGAUUCCCUCGACGGUUUUUUCCCGCCUGAAAAGUUGGCGGAUGUAGAUCUAGUUGCGAUCAGGAGGACUUGCCUGACGCUUUUGGAGUGCUUUCAUGAUAUGUCUCUGGAGAUAAGGCCGUUAGCCAGGGAGAGGGCGAGGGGGCUGGCGGUGGAAUGGAGAAAGUUGCUUUCGGAAGCGAAAGGUGACACGUCACUUGUGGUGCUGGGGGUGUUGCAUCUUGUUGCUACGUUUGGGUUGGUUACUUCGUUUGAAGUCGAUGAUAUUCUUGAUCUUAUUGUCCUUGUUGCCAGGAGAAAGAAUAUCAUUGAUCUAUGCAGGAGUGCUAAACUCCAUGAAAAUAUUCCUGAUUUGGUCGAAAAACUAAAUAAUAGUGGGAAGCAACUAGAUGCUGUCAAAUUUGUCAUUGCUUUUAACUUAACAGACAAAUUUCCACCUGCCUCACUCUUGAAUGCAUAUGUAAAAGAAUCAAAGAAGACCGCACAAGAAUUGCGGAAAAAGGGAAAUCAUUCCGCUCAAUCCCAGAAUGAAGCCUCUUCAAAAGAGAUUGCUGCACUAAGAGCAGUAGCCAAAAUUGUUGAGGAGUACAAUCUAGGAUCAGUUUAUAGCUGUGAGAAUUUUCAGAAGCGUAUAGAACAGUUGGAAAAACAAAAGGCUGAAAAGAAGCCAGACAAGAAAAUGAAUAAUCAAAAGGCAGAAAUGAAACCAGAAAAGAAGCGAGGAGCUGCUUCUAACUCUAAUUUUAGGGGACAGAAGCAACAGUAUGAACAGUCUAACAAGCGUCCUAGAUCUUCAGCUUCUGCUUCAACUGUUCGUGAUGCUCACCCAUUUUCACAUAAUACACAGCUUGGUCUGGUUGACCUGGCUCCUCAUGCGGGUUUUUCUGGCUCUUAUCCCUUGUCUACAGCUUCAACUCUUUAUAAUCAUGGUGGUGCAAGUUUGUCUAGCGGUUCUGUUGGACUUGGUGGAUCUCUUGCUUCGUCGAGGUAUAUUCCAUCAGAAUCGAUGAUGGACUCUGCUUUUUACGAUAGGGCGGUCCAUAAUGAUAGUUACGCUAAAUCGGGUUUGCGUCCUCCUUAUCAUUCGGGCUUCUAUUAUUGAUGCUCAUGUUAUUUACCAAAAGCUUCCGGUGAAGCUUGAUCUUCACUAAUUUGGAUGUUAAAUUUGUGUUAUUAACUUCAAAAGUAGUGACUGUUUGAGUGGUUUGGGUUUGUUCAUGUGGACAUAUUGACAUAUUGUCUGUACAAUGUGUUUUUAUGAUCUGUUGGGUAUGAACGUUAAUUCCAUGUUUUUGAUUUUGCGAGUUAGAGAUGGACAUCUUUUGGUUUGGAUGAAUGAAUUUUCCUUGUGUU